UAUACUAACCUACUCGAAUUUAGCGGAACGCAUCAAUAUGGCCUCCGGUAGCUGGCUCGUAUGCUCGCUCGCUAAUUAUUUAAGUAAUUUCGGGGAACGUGCGAGUGUACGUUGAAAUAAACACUUGUGCAAAAUGAAUAUGUCAGUAGAGAAAAAGAAAUAUCCAUCGGCGCUACCAACAAAUUGGCCGAUUAGGGAAGAAGCCUCGAGAAAAAGCCAAAAUCAGUUGUCAUCUACUGGAAAAGUUGACGUUUAUUAUUACAGUCGCGGGGUCAGGAAUGACGCAUCGUUAGUACCACCAAUAAGGCAAACUGCAUCUAUAUUCAAACAACCAGUAACCAUUUACAAGACGCAGGAAGGAAAAGUGAAGGACGUCAAACAUGGAAAUCAAGAAAAACCAAAACAGGAAGGAGCCGAUAAAACUGAUGGCAAAUACGGCUCCCAAGAUAAGCCUAAGCAGUUAUUUUGGGAGAAACGUUUGGAAGGUUUAAGAGCAUGCGAUCCAGAUGGCUUCGAAUUCGACGCGAUGGACUUACCAAAAAGUUUAAAGCCCGUUGGUCCGUAUAUUACAGAAGAAACGUUGCUUCAAAGUGUUGCAACUGCGUUACACGUUUCUUCUCAACCAGUCACGGGACAAACGGGUUCGAAGACAGCUUUAGAGAAGAAUCCCGGGGUAUUUCUUAAUCCCGAUCAACCCCUCGUACAGGCAGUCUCGAUAGCUGACGAAGACAUCAAGAGACAAGAAGACCGUGUUGCUCUUGCAAGAAGAAAACUACAAGAUGCUUUACGAGGAAUUGCUAUAUAAGUUGUACAAUUUCUUAGCUAUAUUUUAAUUCGCUCAUCCCUAGUCCUAAGUUCGUUAUAAAUUAUGUCAUACCAAUUUUUAUAAUAAAUGUUUUGUAAAGAAAGAAAAGAAGUAACUCAGUACUAUUCGAUAAAUACUCCGUUAUAAGCUAAUCGUUCUAAAAUAUUGUAUCGUAAGAAAUUCACGCAUUUGUACAAUACAUUUGCAAUGUUAUUACUCUGUAAA